AGAUAAUGAGAUGGAUUGGUCUCAAUCAGCACAGCUAUAAGAGCCAGAAGUUGCCAGCAGAAGGGCACCCAGCUUCAAAACCUGAAACAUUCGAAAGCUGAAGCCUGCUGGAUAGGACAAGUGCAGGGAUCAGAAGACAAUAGAAGACGAGUCCUUAACGCGUUGACGAGAAAAAUCCACUUCUCGGUGACAUAAAGAAAAAAAUCAUCAGUUCGCACCUGAUUCAGGCGGGCACAGGAGCGAUCCUCACAGUGAGGUUGAGUUUAAUUAGCGUUGAUCCAUUCGAGUUUCAGUCCCGAGCUCAUCAGAAUGGGUUCUCUGAUGGCUGGAUGGCAAACUCAGCCCUCUGAUGCUAAGGAAGAGGUGAAGCGGGUCAAAAAAACGGUGACCAAAGCCGAUAUUGAAAACUUUUGGCGAAGCAAGGAGGUUUCGGUCAGGAGCCAUCUGCAGCAAGCGCGCAAAGAUGCAUACUUGCGACGAUCCAUCAGUAUUGCGGAAGAUGCCGAGUCAGAAAGUGGGCAAGGGCACACUAGCUCCGAAAGCGGAUAUUCGUCGGAUGCAGACUUUCCACCUACAACACCCAAAUCGGUCAUUCCGAAGGAUUUAUCGAUCGACUGGUGGACAAAAAGCCGCUGGGCUUUCCUGAACGAGCCCCCUGCUAAAGGGAAGAAACUGAACGGAUACAUGUCCCAAUUCCAUUUGGACGGCAUAAGCAGCGAGCCAGAUAUCGCAGAUUGUUCUGGUCCUGAUCGAAUACUGAUGAGAAGGGGGAGUUUGCCAGCAAUGCAGUUCAAAAUGUAGUUUUGGUAAUCGUGUGUUCUUAUUCCCCA